CAUGUGAACAGGCACAAUGAUGUCAUAAUGCUCAGUUGCCAUGGAAAGGAAACUACAGAACACUACAAUAUUGUGACAACAUUCUCAACAUUCUACAUACAGCUGGUCACCAAAUUGCUCUGGUGCAGUGCUUUAGAAAAUCUGCUCUUGAUCUUGGAGAAAAUGCAAUCUGGGCAGAUGAUUUCUAGCUUGAAGAACUAUAAGAUAGGCCGUGACACGUGGGAGAGGUUGAGCAGGUUCCACAAAAAGAUGAGCAAUAGUGUCUACGGAUCCUCUACGUUUGGACAGAAAGGUCAGUCCAUGAUAGUCACUCUUCUGGAGCGGGACAAGCACCUAAAUACCAAUGGGGCAAGAGGUGACCAGAGCACCCUGCCCCCUCUGGAAAAGCCCACCACAAGCCCUCCAUCCCAGGACAUCCUCUCCAUACCUUCUGGAGAAAACAAAUUGCCAUCAUCCUCUACCUCAACAUCUUCCUCUACAUCAGUCCCUCGUACACCUCACAGUGUUCGCUCCUCCUCCCUCUCUCUGUCCCGCACUCAGGCUGCCUCACCAGUCACUCCCACUGUGGUCUUAGGCCCUGCCUCCAGUCAUUCCAGCCCACCCUGCCACACGCAGGUAGGGAGAGGAGUCACAAGCAUCAAGGAGACCAUGCCGGUUGUCAAGGAAACCAUGGCAGACACUAGCAGGCUUCAACACAUUGGAAGUGGUCAAGGAAGCGGGACAGUGCUCCAGGAGCAAGGAGAAGGGCAGAAGGAAAACUCUUAUGAGAACUUCCUGCAGGACCUCUGUCUUUCAAAUAAGCUAGAACGCCUACUUAACCGCUACUUCAGCUCCCGAUCAACACACUUCGGGAAAGGGAGAGGGAUGUCCCAGGAGAACGUCACCACCUACACAAACAGCUUCAUCGCCCAAAAGGAGAGUCUGAGGCACAGACAGCCUCGUCCCCUCAACAAACACAGCGCACACUGUUCUCCGUGGGUGUCAGAAUAUGCGGAUAAGUUUGGCUUCCUGCAGAGGGUCUACCCUCCCCGCGUUCCACAGGACUCUCUGGCCUCAUCUCAUUCCACCAUCACUGCAACUCUACUCACACGCAGGAGCCUCUGCACUGAGUACCAGGCCAGCUACAGCAGCAAGGUCAUAACAAAAUGGCAGACAUAACCCCUUCAACUGCAAGAGCCUUGAACUGUAUGUGUAAUAGACUAGUCAUACUCACACUGAAGGUUACACCCAAACAACCACUACAUGCACAAUAUACUUU